UUAGACCAGCAGCCAUUCAUGUUGUUGGACUACUGCUGUCGUUGUUUUGGAUUCACGCUCAUAAAACGCCAUGGACCCUUCUCCCUCAAGACUACACCCAGUGAUACCUUGGUUGUCCUGCAGAAUCUGUUGAUAUGCAUGGUGUCCUUCUACUCUCUCUACUACAUCGUGGUCAGUGUCUGCAUCGGACUGCUGAGGGUUCAUGAGAUCAACAGCUUGUUGGCUCCAUUUGACUACACAACACAACCGUCAUGGCAGAACCCCAAAUACCUCGUUGGUGUAAUUUCCACAGAAGUGACCUAUGUUUUGGGAGGGCUGGUGUUCGCCUGGAUUGUAGAGGAGUGGGUUUGGGAUUACGCCAUAACUGUCACACUGCUGCACGUCGCCAUGACUGUAGCAGUGAUGUCAGACUUCCCUUCAGCUGAGCACUGGUGGAUCGCUCUGGGUUCAGGCCUGGUAAUGAUGAUAUUCGGAGGACAGCUCAUGGCCUAUAAACUCUUCAGAAGCAAUUUCGUGUAUCCAGCUGAGCUGCAGAACUUCUAAUGAAGACAAUGAGGAAAGCUUUUAACUGGCUUACUGGUAAAUCUCAGGUCUGGAUGCGUCGCAGUGGAUUCACUUUUCACAGAUUGUAGAGCUACAGUAGGUUCAUGUUGACAUCGAUAUGAGUAACUACAGUAUUUAUAUACUGUAUAUUCUAUAAAGCAACCACGAGAAACACUUCAUCUAACAGAUAACUUUAUUCAUCAGUAAUCAGAUCCCUCCUUGUACA